AUGGCUUUCGCUAGAUUCAGCAGAAUACUCCGUCUGCCCACGAUUGAGAUCAAAAAGAAAGUGAAGCAGUACGAGCACGUUCAUCGGGACAUCAAUCCUAAUGACUUAUGGGAAAUUAUUGGCGAGCUGGGCGACGGUGCGUUUGGAAAGGUCUACAAGGCCAGGAACAAGGAGACAGGAGUUCUGGCUGCAGCCAAAGUGAUCGAGACUAAAUGUGAGGAGGAGCUGGAGGACUACAUCGUUGAGAUUGACAUCCUGGCUAAAUGUGAUCACCGCUACAUUGUCAAGCUGCUUGACGCAUUUUACCAUGACAACAAACUCUGGAUCAUGAUCGAGUUCUGCCCCGGAGGUGCCGUGGAUGCCACAAUGCUAGAGUUGGAUCGGGGGCUGACGGAGCCGCAGAUUAAGGUGGUUUGUCGCCAGAUGCUGGAAGCUCUGAGCUACCUCCACAGCAUGAAGAUCAUCCACAGAGACCUGAAGGCCGGUAACAUCCUCCUCAUGCUGGAUGGGGACAUCAAACUGGCUGAUUUUGGUGUGUCUGCAAAAAACACCAAAACCUUACAAAGAAGAGAUUCUUUCAUUGGAACGCCAUACUGGAUGGCCCCAGAAGUGGUAAUGUGUGAGACAAUGAAAGAUGCUCCGUACGACUACAAGGCUGAUGUCUGGUCUCUGGGAAUCACUCUGAUUGAGCUCGCCCAGAUUGAACCCCCGCACCAUGAGCUCAACCCCAUGAGGGUGCUGUUGAAGAUCGCCAAGUCAGAGCCUCCCACCCUGGAGCAGCCGCACAAAUGGUCACAAGAGUUUAAAGAUUUCCUGAAGAAAGCUUUGGACAAAAAUCCAGAGACUCGUCCGACUGUAGCCCAACUCACCGAGCACCCUUUUGUGAGAUCAGUAACAUCUAACCGCCCGCUGCGGGAGCUGGUGGCCGAGGCCAAGGCUGAAGUCAUGGAGGAAAUAGAGGACAAUAGAGAGGAAGGAGAGGAGGACGACGUUAUGGAGCUAACUGUGUCUCCAGGAAAGGAGCCAUGCCAGACCAGUCAGACCAGUUUGGAAGCAGACCAGUCUCCGGACACCCCGAGCCCCACCACACCCUCCCCAACCACAUGUAUACCUCCACCCACGAAGGAGGUCGAGCCAGGUACACCAACAGAGGAGCAGCCAGGCGCCGUCAUGGUGGUCCCUGUUCCUCUACCACGGCAGAAUCUCCCUCCAAAGGGUCCAGAGGGGUUGGAUGACAAACUGGCCGAUGAAGUCGUUCUUGAGUCUGAGAAGUCUGAAAGUGAAGCCUCAACUAGGACCUCCAGCUCAGAUUCGGGCAUUGAGGAUGGGAAGAGUACCCCCACAUCGGAGGAAAAGGUUGCUGUGGAGACCCCAGAGAUGGAACAGCCACCAUCUCCCACUCAGCCCGAGGUAUCUGAGCAACCUGUUAACAUCAUCAUAGACUCAACAGACCCAGAGGUGCCCAAGGUCCAGGUGACCGAGAAGAAGAGCAACGUUGCGGCUAAUGGAGGCCUUCAAACUCCGAGCCAAAGUCCCCCUGUCACUCCUACACCCACUCCCGCUCCCUCUUCUGCUCCUACCCCAGUACCUUCCCCCCGUACUGAGCUGAAUGGUAGCCUACCCAAGGGUACCCCAGAGCAGACAUCGACAGGAGGAAACGCAGAUGCUGUCUCACCUUAUAUCAAUGGAGGGAUUAUCAACAAACGGUACUCUUAUUCAUCCAGCAUGGCAUCAGAGAGCAUGGACAUGUCGAUCCACAAGGAGACCAUCUCAAUGUCUGCAAGGGACUUCUCGAGUAAGACUCUGAAGCGAACCAGGAAGUUUAUUAUUGACGGGGUGGAGGUGAGCGUGACCACCUCCAAGAUCAUCAGGGAUGAUGAGAAGAAAGAUGAGGAGAUGAGAUUCCUGAGACGUCAAGAGCUGCGUGAGCUCCGUUUGAUGCAGAAGGAAGAGCACCGCGCUCAGGCUGGCCUAAACGCCAAACUGGAAACACAGAAAGAACAAAUGCAGAGACGUUUUGACCAGGAGCUGAAUGCCAAGAAGAAGCACUACGAUGUGGAGCUGGAGAACCUAGAGAAGCACCAGAAGCAGACUAUUGAGAAGAUGGAGGGAGACCACCAUGUUAAACUCAAAGAAGAGACCAAACGCAUCAAAGCAGAGCAGGAACGUGACUACAGCAGGUUCCAGGAUCAGAUAAAACACAAGAAAAAGGAGGUAAAACAAUCUGCCGAUAAACUGCCCAGAAGUCAGCGUAAAGAAUCCUUGAAGCAGAUGAUAAAUUCCUUCCAAGAAACUAAGAUAAGAGAGGAGGAGAAAUUCUUGGCCGCUCAGAAAAACCACCUGGACACAACGCUGAAAAGAAUCAUCUCCAACAACAAAAGAGAGAUUGCAGAGAUGGAGAGGGAAUGCCUUAACAAGAAACACCAACUAGUCCGAGAGCGUGAAGCUACGAUAUGGGACAUCGAGGAGAAGAAUCUUUAUGAGAGGCACCAGUUACUGAAGCAGCAGCUGAAAGACCAGUACUUCCUGCAGAGGCAUCAGCUUCUCAAAAAACACGAGAAGGAGCAGGAACAGAUGCAAUGCUACAAUCAGCGGAUGAUUGAGAUUCUGAAAGGUCGGCAGCAGCAGGAGAAGAACCGGCUGCCUAAGAUCCAGCGUAGCGAGGCCAAGACCCGCAUGGCCAUGUUCAAGAAGAGCCUCCGUAUCAACUCAACGGGCAGCUCCUCAGAGGACAGAGAGAAAAUCAAACAGUUUUCUCAGCAGGAGGAUAAGCGGCAGAAGGCAGAGAGGCUGCAUCAGCAGCAGAAACACGAGAACCAGAUGAGGGAGAUGAUUGGCCAGUGUGACAGCAAUAUCAGAGAGCUGCAGCAGCUACAGAAUGAAAAAUGUCACCUGUUGGUUGAGAAUGAGACUCAGAGGCUCAAGCAGUUGGAUGAACAACACAACCAGCUGCUGAAGGACUGGAGGGAUCAGCUAAAGCCCAGAAAAAAGGCCCUUGAAGAGGAGCUAAACCUGAAGAAAAGGGAGCAGGAGGCUUUCUUCAGGAUGAGUGAGAGUUCUGAUUGCCCAAACCCAAGUUCCCCGAACAAACUCUCCAAGUUUGUGCCUUACCAAGACUCUUCAACCACAUAAAAACAGCCGUUGUGACGUUGGAAUAUCUUCUGCCAACUGUUAGCACCAACACACACUCACCCGUACACCCACAGGCGUUACAAUAGCCUGCUGCCUCAGUUUUAAUUUGCUUUGCCUGUGAUGGCAGCAUACUUAUCCCUCCUUUAGGUUCCUUUAAUGUUUUAGUGAAUAUUUAUGUUUUAACUAAGGUUCUAAGAUUUUUCUUUAAAAAACAAAAAUGCUGUAGUAUUUGAUGGAUGUAAAACUCACCAUGUGCUUCACAUGACUCGAUUACAUAGCAUCUGCUUCUAUACAGUGUUUUAACCUUUUUCUUUUCAAGUCUGCUUCGUAUUGCUCACUGAUAAUACAUGAGGGUAAUAUGAUACGUGGCUGUAAGCAGAA